AUGAUGAUGGUUUUGAGUGGUAUUAAAGAUGACAAUUCGAAUAUUGAUGAAAUUCGAUAUAAAUUGGAUGUUGCUUCUCGUGAUUUUACUAAAUUGCGGGCUUCUUGGAAUAGUAAUAGAAUGGCUGGUGCUAAGAUUAUUGCAACUAAAUUGGCUGAACGAAAUGGUAUAAAUCUUAAUGAAUUUGUUGAAUAUGCUCAGAAUUUUGUUGUACGUGGUGAUACUAAUUCUUAUGUUUCUGAAAGUAUAAUACAACCAAGAAAAAGAAUUACAGGAGAUGGUAUUUCUUCUGAUUCAAAUUCUGGUUUGGAAAAUCGUGGUCACGGAGUGGUUACAGCGAAAGAGGUAAAACAUGGAUAUGAAUUAAUGGGUAGACAUGAAAUCGAACCUAAAUAUAAUGUUACUCCUGUUGCUUCUGAUUAUAGACAAAAAACAAAUGAUUUAAUGCGUGCGGGAUAUAACGAAUAUGAUUAUGAAAAGUGGUAUAAAGAAGCGAGAGCAGCAAUAAAUGAACGAGUGAAAAAAUAUUAUGAUAAUCCUGAAAAUGAGAGGGAAGUUAUUGAUGUUAACGGUCAUAUCACGGAAUCUAUUCCAAGAGGAGUGUAUAAUAUGAUUGAGUCGGAUGAACUCAGUCGAUAUGAAAAGCGUGUAAAUGCGUCCAAGAGGAACAAUUUAAUACUGAAACGUAAUAUGGAACGUAUUAAUAAACGUGCAUGGGAAGACGUAUUGAAGAAAGACACUUCUGCGAAAUCUAAAAGAAUAAUAAAAGUUCCGAUGGUUGCAACUAAAAAGAAGUAA